GCGCCGCGCCGCUCCCGGGAUGACGCGACAUGUGUGCGACCCUCCGUGGGGAAGGAAGCCGCAGCGGCUGACUAUGGCGGCUACCGCGGAGCAGUGGGUGUUGGUGGAGAUGGUUCAGGCUCUCUACGAGGCUCCUGCUUACCAUCUUAUUUUGGAAGGAAUUCUGAUACUCUGGAUAAUCAGACUUCUUUUUUCUAAAACUUACAAAUUACAAGAACGAUCUGACCUUACACUCAAGGAAAAGGAAGAAUUAAUUGAAGAGUGGCAACCAGAACCUCUUGUUGUUCCUGUUUCCAAAGACCAUCCUGCUCUCAACUACAACAUCGUUUCAGGGCCUCCAAGUCACAAAAUUGUGGUGAAUGGAAAAAAGUGUGUAAACUUUGCCUCAUUUAAUUUUCUUGGAUUGUUGGAUAACCCUAGAGUCAAGGCAGCAGCUUUGACAUCUCUAAAGAAGUAUGGCGUGGGGACGUGCGGACCUCGAGGAUUUUAUGGCACAUUUGAUGUGCACUUGGAUCUUGAGGACCGCCUGGCCAAAUUCAUGAAGACAGAAGAAGCCAUUAUCUACUCCUAUGGAUUUGCCACCAUAGCCAGUGCUAUUCCUGCCUACUCCAAGAGAGGGGACAUCGUGUUUGUGGAUAGAGCUGCCUGCUUUGCCAUUCAGAAAGGAUUACAGGCAUCACGAAGUGACAUUAAGUUAUUUAACCAUAAUGAUAUGGCUGACCUGGAGCGACUACUAAAAGAACAAGAGAUCGAAGAUCAAAAGAAUCCUCGCAAGGCCCGUGUGACUCGGCGUUUCAUUGUAGUAGAAGGGUUGUAUAUGAAUACUGGGAUGAUUUGUCCUCUUCCAGAAUUGGUUAAGUUAAAAUACAAGUACAAGGCAAGGAUCUUUCUGGAAGAAAGCCUCUCGUUUGGAGUACUGGGGGAGCAUGGCCGAGGAGUCACCGAACACUUUGGUAUCAAUAUUGAUGAUAUUGAUCUUAUCAGUGCCAACAUGGAGAAUUCUCUUGCUUCCAUUGGGGGCUUCUGCUGUGGCAGAUCUUUCGUAAUUGAUCAUCAGCGGCUUUCUGGCCAGGGAUACUGCUUCUCUGCCUCGUUGCCUCCCAUGAUUGCUGCUGCUGCCAUGGAGGCCCUCAACAUUAUGGAAGAGAACCCAGGUAUUUUUGCACUAUUGAAGGAAAAAAGCGAACAUAUUCAUAAAGCUCUGCAGGGUAUUUCUGGACUGAAGGUGGUGGGGGAGUCCUUCUCACCUGCCUUCCAUCUGCAGCUAGAGGAAAGCACUGGGUCUCGAGAAAAAGAUGCUCGACUCCUCCAGGAAAUUGUCAGUCAGUGCAUGAAUAGGAGCCUCGCCUUGACGCAGGCGCGUUACUUGGAGAAAGAAGAGAAGUGCCUCCCACCCCCAAGCAUUAGAGUCGUGGUUACAGUAGAGCAGACUGAAGAGGAGCUGAAGACUGCUGCAGCCACCAUCAGGGAUGUGGCCCAGACUGUACUUCAUUAGUGGCAUCUCAGUGGUGGCCUCCACCGUGGGGCACACAGACCGACCUCAGUGUCACCAUGCAACGGCCUGGGAAAAGGCCUGUGGGAGUUUGUUUGUGGUCACUGCAGGACCUAGAAGAUUCUGAACAUUUCCAAAAAGAAAACAAAACUGAAGGCCCAGGAACUGAUUUCUUGAAGAGAAAAACUGAUAUGGAUAGAAAAAACAGAAUUUAAAUUGUGCUAUUUAGUACUAUUUAAACGUUUCAUGAUACUAGUGUUUUAUAUUUGUUACUGUUGUUUUAAAAAUGGAGCUUCAGGGGCUGGCACAGUAGCACAGUAGAUAGGGUGUUUGCCUUUCACUGACCCGGGUUCAAUCCCCAGCAUACCAUAUGGUCCCCCGAGCCUGCCAAGAGCAAUUUCUGAGGACAGAGCCAGGAAUAACCCUUGAGCACCACUGGGUGUGGCCCCCAAACCCAAAAAGAAGUAAAUAAAUAGAUAAUGGAGCUUCAGUUUAUCUCCUAUGGAAAAGAAUCUCUGAGCAGUCCUUAGGGUUGCGCAUAGGAAAGUGUCUGCAACAUCAAAGCUAACAGGAAUACUUUAACAUAUGGUUGAAAAUGUAUUCUUAAAGGUCUAAUUCAUAAUCAAUUCAGUCACAUAUUUUUCAGUUUUUAUCAUGUGGAACUCAGUAUUGGCUAAUAAAUAUUUUUGUGUGACUUAUAAAUUUUAUUAUAAUAUAUUUGAAUUCUGUGAUAAUGAAUUUUGUAUACUCUAAAUGUUGUUGAUAGGUGUGAAGCAAAGAGUACAGAAAGUAGGCAUUUGCCUUGCACGCCAUGGACCUGCAUUCAAUCCUCAGCAUCCCAUAUGGUCCUCCAAGCUCUGCCAGGAGUGAACCCUGAGCACAGAGCCAUGAGCACUAAAUAAAUAAAUAUUGCUGUUAUAUCAUUCCUAACAGUUAAUCUUAAUAUAUUAACUUGAGCAGUGUUUUUCAACCUUUUUGUGCAAAGGCACUUUUUCAUGAAAAAAAAAAAAUCACGAGGCACACCACCAUUAGAAAAUGUUAAAAAAAGAAUUCACUCUGUGCCUAUAUUGACUAAUUAUAAAGUAAUUCUCUUGAAUAGGAAUCAAACACAAAGAAGUUAUUUUAUAAGUACUUAUUAUGAAAUAAUCUAACGAUUGGUCUAUUGGUGAGCCGAAGCCGCAUGUUAUGGAUAAAAUUGGAAUUUUUCCCCUGGCACACCAGGCAAUAUCUCACGGCACACUAGUGUGCCUCGGCACAGUGGUUAAAAAACACUGAACUAGAGAAUAGUCAUUGUGCUUCCUAAGUGGCAAUAAUUUAAGUCAAAUAGUAUUUUGUUUUAAUAUAAUUGACCAUUACAUUUAUUAUGUACUGACUUCUAAUCUGUUUCAGGAAGAGGGUUAUUGUGUGAUGAUCAUAAAUUAUAACCAUGUCUGUGAUAUUUUAGAAUGUCUUGAAUGUCUAUUUUGGAUAGUGGGUUUGCCAAGAGACAUAAAUAUAUAUAUAUGUAUGUGUAUAUAUCUAUAUAUAUGCAUAUAUGGGCUUUUUCUAAGUAAAGAAAAUACUUUUUUCAGCUUAUAAAUUCCAAAUAUAUAAAAAAAUGAUGUGAAGAAUUAAGCAUAACAUUUUUAAGCUAUACUUUGGCUAUUUUUUUUUAGCAGUUAGGUAUAAAUGUGAUUUGUGCCACAAGACUGCAGAAAUACCAUGUCAUUUUUCCUUAUUAAAGAAAUAAACUUGUUUAAAAAUGUCAUUUUUAUAAUCAAUGAACAUAUUAACAAAUGGUCUUCAACAUCUUUUGUAAAAUUUUUAAUGUUUGUUUUCUAUUUUGCUGGAGGUAUUUCAUACACAUGUGCCUUGUGAUUGCUGCUGCUUUCAGGACUACAGUGUGCACUGGGGUGAAUCUAUGUUUUUAAUGAAAUAAACCUACAUUCCUGAUAA